AGGAGCUCCCGGGACAGAGGCACUGAUUCAUAUCUGGGGUCUCCGAGGACCAUGCGUCCUCCAGGACAAGUCGGAAUUUGAAAAGAGUACAGGGAAAAAACCACCCAAACUCCAACACCCAGAGACCUCUCAGGCAGGGUGGUGGCGGAGAAGCCCCUGUGCCACAGCCCGCCCUGGGAGGAGGCCGUCGUCAGCAAGAUCAGGACCAUGACCGUCUUGGAGAGGUGCCGCAUGCUGCAGUCCAUCCUCUGCUGCCUCCAGCAGGACGGCCAGCUUGUGCAGAAGGUGAAGGUGUCAGAUGCCAGUAUCCAGGAGCUCCUGGAGCCCUUGAACCUGGACUUCAGUUCUCCUCUGGAGAAGUCCUUUCUCUUCCACUUGUACGGCGUGAUCCUCAGGGAGAGUGCUGACAGCAACAUGGUGAGGAAGCACCUGGUCCAGCUCCUCGAGCUGUCCCACCAGUCGUCCAGCGACCGGGAGGGCAUCUCGCUGGCUGUGGGCAUAACGUCCACCUCUCACCUGGAGCAGGUGUGGGGCAGGCUGGAGCACCUGGGCUGCACCAGGUUCCUGAGGUCUGCGCCGCUGUCCACGGACAGCCAGCUGGAGUCACACCUGCACUGGAGGUGGGUGAGCAGCACCGCCCUGCUGUGCUGCGGGCAGAUGGCCGUGCACGCUGGGAAGCAGGUCCUGCCCUGGGUGGACAACAUCGCUUCCAGGAUGGCGUACCACUUCUCCUGCAGCAGCCUCGUGAGCCCCGCCGGGCCUCAGGCGGCAGGGCGGGGGGCCCGGCUGACCUCUGACCCCAGCCCACUCUGA